UGUGCGCCCGGGUCCUCGGCUGCUGGGCGCGUCUGCCCACAGCUGCGCGGCGCCGGGAGCGGGCGGCGGCCGCGCGUGCAGCAUGGAGUGGGAGCUCAACUUGCUGCUCUACCUGGCGCUCUUCUUCUUCCUGCUCUUCCUGCUCUUCCUCCUGCUCUUCGUGGUCAUCAAGCAGCUGAAGAACUCCGUGGCCAGCACGGCCGGGACCCUCCAGCCCGGGCGCCUGUCGCUGCACCGCGAGCCCUGGGGCUUCCCGCACGAGCAGGCGGUGUGAGCCCCCGGCCGCGAUCCGCCGCAUCCAGGUGCGCAGGCGGCAGGUCGGGGCCGGCGUGGGUGGGCACUCCGCUGCUCCGGACGCUCGCGUGGGGGACCCCAGUGCCGGGGCGGCCAGGGUGUGAGUCCGGGCGGACAGAGAGGGCAGUCGGAAGGGCUCGGGCACCUGCCCUGCCAGCUCCUCUCCAGCCCGCUGCCCUGUCCCCGAGAGGGGGAAAUGAUACCCUUCAGCUCAUUCACUCCCGCCGCUGCCCAGCAAGACCCGCCGGCGACCUAGGGAUCCACCGGGUCGGAGGAGCCUGGGGACCGGCGCCCUGCAGCACCCCGUCAUGGCCGUACAGCUCUGCGCUUCGCAGAGGGCGAGAGCGGCACUGGCCGUCGGGAUGGAGACUCGGGGCCUCUGGGCGGAGGGCUUCCUUCCUGCCCUGGAUCCCUACUCAGCCGGGGAGCGCCUCCCAGGGCGGGUGUAGAACCGGGGACCGCAGAGGCAGAGGGUGAGCGCGAGAGAGGCUCAUUUGGAAGAAGCCUUCGGGUUGGCGGGUCUGUGAGCUUCUGGGGAUGGCAUCGAGGGCCGGGUAGGGCCACAGGACCAAGAGGACCGGCCGGUGCGACUGUGGCUUCUAGAUCUCUAGUGGGAAGAUGGUCGGCAGGAUUAGACUCAGCAGUGGGCCUGGCUACUCUCCAGGCGAUGCUACUGAGGAAAUAACUUCGUCUUCCAGACACUUUGUCCUAGAUUUAGGUCGUCAACAGCACUGAGACAGACACCGAGCGCCAAGCACCUCGGCGGCACUUACAGCCUGGAGCCCUCAAGGGGCCUGGCCAUGGACCACCCAGGCUGUCUGCCAAGGGUAAGCUGGGACCACGCCACUUUCACCUUGUCCCUCGUUGUGCCUAAACUUAUGAAGACCCAGGGCCUAAUAAGUGGAGGGCCAGGAUGCAGCAAACGGGGACCCUGGGUAAAGGGCUGUCCCUGCUCGGAACUGCUGAGCUUCUGGUGAAACCAGGCGGCCAGGCUGGCGGCUGGCUCAUUUCAGGAACCCAAGUCUAGGUAGAGGAUCACGGAAAUGAGAGGUGUGUGGGAUGCUGACCAGGUUAGCAGUCAUCUCUGCUCUUUCAGAAACCAGGCAGGGGCUCCAGAAGGGAAAUAAGUGAUGCGGGUAUGGUUUCUUUUCACUAAGAGAAGGCUUGGGUUACUGAUGCUGGGGUUGUCAUCACUAGUAACACUGGAAACACUUGUUACUUUUAGACACAAUGAGAUGUAGAGAAGCUAAAACCAGGAACAUAUUUAAAUUUUGCCUAAGCAGAUAAUACAGAAUUGAAGUAGAAGACAAUUGUUUUGAUAAUUCAAAGGAAAGAAAGAAAUAGUCUCACUUAGGUGAGUUGGUAUUGGUCUGAGACAUGCAGAUGGUUUCCCAUCUAUUUCCCUUGUCCAAGCUCAGCUGUUCUUAAAUGGAGUAAGUACUUUCUUUUCACUUUUACAACAUGAGCAAAUUCUCACCUCUUUGUUAUGUCUUUCUCAGAGUUAUAGUAAGACUUGAUUUGAGUUUCCAGUUUGAAUUCCCAGAAUCAGCUGCACUGAAUCAUGUUGAGCUUUGAACAAUAGCCUCUAAUUGGUUGAUACCUCUGCAGUGGCAUUUAGUUACAGGGUUGUGUGGUUAAGAUGAACACAUGAAUGUGGGUGUAAUUAGCAAUUAAGGUUGUUUAUAAGGCGAGAAAACAACCAUUCCACACUUCACAAAUACUCCGAGGGCAAAUGACUUUAACUAGUGCUUGGCUCCUGGACUUUUCAACCCUUUAAUCUUCCUAGCAGGACUGCUGGAGUCUAGAAGUUUACCCCACCCGACCUCCUUCAAUGGGAGACAAGAGGGAGCUCGGUGAGGAGUGUGUUGCCAUCUCAGCAUUGACUUGGUUUCUCUACUAGUUCUACUGAAUUGAGAAGAGUGGCUGCCUUUCUGUCUUGUGUCCAGGGCCAUUACAUAUCCUCCUGGCACACAAGUCCAUUAGUUACUAAGUUCUUAUUUAUCCAGGUCAAAAAAGAGCAUUUGUUCCUUUGCCCAUGUUCUGCUUGGAGCUUAGCCGUAAACGUGGCAUUACAGUUUCUCACAUUAGUUCUUAUAGCUGCCUGCUGCAGUUAUCUCCUUCCUGGUCUUGACUUUGCUAGGGAUUCUGCUUUUGAAACUUUGAUGCUCCUAUACAAAUUGCCUUUUCUUAUUCAUUUUUUUUCAAUCAUAAUUUUUCCAAGGCCCAGCAUAGGACUGACCUCACCAAUCAGGACUACUUUAAACCUCACAAGUUCCCGACCCAGAUGCAUUGCUUUGAUGGCCUCACAGGUCCAGGUCCCUGGUUCCACCUCUUAUGUACUUCAUCCAAGGAUGCCCUGGCUUUUCCCAGUUGCUAUGCCAAUUCUAUUUUUAAAGGUGGGGUAAAUAUGAACUAGACAUUAAAGCAUUUAAAAAGUCAGGAAUGUUUAAAAUUUAACUGCUCGUUUUAUAAGUAUAACUUGAUUAGGAAAUGUUCCUAUGUUUUGUUUUCAACAAAAGGUUUUUAGUGAUUUCAGUAAUGUUAGUAAGUUGAAUUUCUUCCAUCAUAAGGAAAUGAGCCAUAAUUCAGUAAUGCAAUAUUAGUAUUUUAUUUCAAGUGUUCAAAUUUCAUUAUUUCUAAAUUUCAGUGGUUCAAAAUGACUUCCAAUCUUAUUAGGACAUCCGGAUUGUUUUCUUCAUUUCCAAACCUGUAAGUGAAGUGGAUCCACAAUUCUGCUUGGAAAGAUAACCCAUUCAAGUUGGAUGAGAAUGACAUUACAUCCACACCUGCAAAACCUAAAAUGUCUAAUAAAGCACAUUCCUGAGCCCAAACUUCAAUUUUAGGGCACAGCUGUAGAUGCAGGAUUGAUGCCAUCUGGUGUGAUUCUGCAGCAUAAGAUAAAUCUACCCGAGUGUGCCGUGCACUGGCUUUUCUGGGAAUGACAAGAUGCCAGGAUUUGUUUUUGGUUCACUUGCAGGGGUGGAAAGUUGGAACUAGGGAGAUCCCAAGACGAGGCUGACUUGAAGCUGGGAGUCCUUCUACGCGGCCUGUGUCUUACUGUUGUGCCUGUGAAGUCACUUGGACUUACCGUGUCGAUCCUUCAGACGGGAUGUCUUUUCUUUCAGAUGGAACUGUCCCUUGGAUGGCUGUCUCCAUAGCAGAGUAGGAAGUUGGCAAACAGUGCCUCACUUAGGGCUUUGUUCUUUUCUCCUGGAACUCACACUGAUGUGCGUUGGAGGUGGGUGACUACUGGUGUUGGCUCCCAGCUCACAGAAAGUCAGGCUUCAGGUGGCGCCUUUGGCUUUUUCCUGCAGCUCCCCACCCAGAAGGGGAAGCCCAAAGGGGCAGCUGGGCGUGCAGUCUGAAUCCACUUCCUUUUGAAGGGCUUUCUCAGAUGCUCAACACUGGCCAGCCCCUGUUACGGGCUGCUGCCAUCUGGAGAUGGCCCGAGCAAUGACUUCAACCAAAAUCUGCAUUCUCUUGGUGAAGGGUGAUGGCAGCACAUCUAAGUGGACAAGUGGCCAUCUGUGCCCUGGUGACAAAAUCCCAUUGUGAAGGAGCACAAAACGGUGGCCCCUUCCCAGCGGGUAGAACUCCAGGCAGCCUCAGCUGGAGUGAGGGCUGGGAAGAGGCCAGGUGUUCCUACGGGGUGCUGGCAGGGUGGUGCGCUCUCUCAGCUGGCGGGCUUGCCCGUGUGGGCAUCUUCUGGCGGACGUGGUCUCUCUGUGGAGGCUGGAUAGAGCACGAAGCCUUGCUCUUCUGCAUUACCGUCACUGUGUCCUCCCUAACUCCUGUCAGUCGGACUUUAGUGGAAUCUAGGUUUGCAUAUUUGGUGCCCAAAAAAGACCAUCCCUUUUAUGCACCAGGGAGAUAAUCUAUGCAAAGAAAGUCUUCCUCGCUUCCUCUUGUGACUCUGCCACCAAGCUAGGAAUAUCCUGGGAGAAUCGCUUCUCAGAGCUGCUUCCACGAGCAGCCUACAUCCUGGCAGAGCAGAGAAGAAUCACUUCCCACACCCAAGGCUGUCCAGAGAACUUUCCGUGAUGAUAGCAACGUUCCAUAUCUGCAGUCUCCGAUAUGGUAACCACUAGUCACAUGUGGCUGGUACACACUUGAAGUGACUGAGUAGGUAACACUGAAAUUUUACUUAUGUCAAUAAGGAAAACUAACCACAUGGCGCCAGUGGCUCUGGUACUGGACACACAGUCCACAUCCUGCACUUCCUUGUGUUGCAGGGAGGUGGGAGAGUGUGGCCAGGGCCAUGCUUGGAGUCCCUUGGCCUUCAUCGUCUCACCCUGCAGUGGACCUGGUUUCCCCGAGGAAGAGGAGAAGUGGUUCUUUGGAACUGAAUUCAAGAUGCCGACUUGAUGUUGCCCACCCUCUUGGGAUUCAUGAAUGUUUUGGGAGUAGGUCUCAGGAUUGCUUUUGGUGACAAAGGGCGAUAAAGAAACCACAGUGAGGUUCCCUUCGCCCUCCUAGUACCCGUUGUGUGUUCUAAGUCAGAGUGAUUCCACCGUUUAUUCUGAUCUAUUGUGCAGGUUUUUUAAUUUUUGUAACAUUGUGACUUUUAAAUGAUUAUUCUGUGUAUGUUUUCCAAAAUACCUAGUGAUUUAUAUUUUUUAAAAAAAGAUUGUGAAAUAAAAUAUAAUACUUAUAUGUAA